AUGUUCGCCAAGGUCUUUGUUACUGCCGCCAUGGCCGGCCUCGCUGCCACCGCCGCCCCCGUCCGCAAGUCGGUCCCCUCGACUUGGGCCACCAACUACCUUGAGGACUACAACACCUACCACGUCCGUUACCUCGCCCUGGACUGCCACCUCCAGCACAACACCACCUUCUUCGAGGACUGCUGCCACCCCCUCCAGGCCAACGGCACCCUCGCUGACCGUGCCUCGUACUGCACCCCCAACGCGACCGCCCUCGCCGCGGCCUCGUCCAAGGUCGCCGCCCAGGCUACCGCUACCAUCUCGGCCACCGGUGCCGCCGCCUCGUCGGACGCCGCCAUCGAGUCGGACCUCGAGUCCGAGUGGUGCUCCGCCACCUCGUCGGUCGAGUCGUCGGCCACCGCCGCCGCUGUCGCUGCCUCGACCACCGAGGCCGCCGCCUACGUCGCCCAGACCUCUGCCGCUUCCACCGAGGAGUACUCGUACGAGUCCUCGUCGGCUUCGGUUGAGGCCGCCUCUUCGUCUGUUGCCGCCUACGCCGACUACGCCCAGGCCUCGACCACCGAGGAGGCCGCCGCCGCCGCUACCACCACCGCCGAGGCCAAGUACCAGAAGGCCGCCGCUUCGUCGUCGUCGUCUGAGGACUCGUGGUCGUCGUCGACCUCGUCGUCUGCCGAGGCCGCCGCCACCUCGUCCACCUCGUCUUCGUCGUCGUCGGGCUCGGGCACCACCUACUCGGGUGAGGCUACCUACUACUACCAGACUGAGGGUGCCGACGCUUCGGGUGAGGGCUCGUGCGGCUGGACCAACACCGACUCGGAGCUCAUUGCCGCCAUCUCGACCACCGACGGCUCCACCUGGGCCAACACCCUCUGCGGCAAGUACGCCGUUGUCACCAACACUGCCAACUCGAAGACCGUCACUGUUGAGAUUGUCGACAACUGCCCCUCGUGCAACGGUGCCGACUCGCUCGACCUCUCCCCCGCCGCCUUCCAGGCCAUCGGUGACAUGGACACCGGUGUCCUUGACAUCACCUGGCAGCUCCAGGCUUAA